AUGACUUCAUUGAUGAAGACGAUGAAUUCUUUGAAAGCACGAAUCGUCUCUCGGCGGUUGUCCCCCUUGACAUGCCUUUAUCAGAAUUCGAUUAUGAUGAAAACGACCAAGAUUUUGAUGGUAGUCACGUUUCUUUAUCCAACAAACUUUCAUCGAUCAAAUCAGGUCAAGGAAAAUCAAAACUUUAUGGUUAAUUCUCAAUAUGACAUGUGGAUGGUUGCACCCGGGUCAAUCACCGACCGACGAAGGCGGCUUCUUGAGGAUAUGGGGUUGAACAACGACAAAGAUUUUACUCGAUUAACCACCAACAAAUUCAACAAAGCAUAUACGAAAAGAUUGGUUUCGACAAAACCUGUUAUCACUUCGCUAGACACAAAAAUAGCAGACGAAAAACCAAAUGUUGUUUCAAACGUAAAAAAAUCUUCACCACCUUUAGAGGAAUUGAAGCAUGUUGAACAAAAGCAGCAUGAGUCUCUCCCAUCGGCUGAGACUCAACCUCAACCUCCACCUCAGUCUCAAGCUCCUGCUAAACUUCAUUCAAAGGCGCACCAUCCCAAGUCUCAACCUGAACCACAACCACCACAACCUCGGGCGGCGCCUCAGGCUCAUGUUCAGGCCCAAGCUCAAGAUUCAUCUUUUCCUGUACUGUUAAUCCGUUCUAGAUCCGAUGGUGACAUAGAUACAAGUUCCUUCAACACGAAACAACGGAAAGAGGAACUGAUUGGAUCAAUUUCUAAGCAACGCCUUACACGAACAUCAUCUGAAUUGGUCACACCAAUUGUUGGAUUACCAUGGAAAGAAUUUGUAGUUAAAGAAACGAAUGAGGAGGGCUGGAAUAAGGUAAGUGAUCUUCAAACGGGGAAGCAACUCACAAUGGACGAGUUUGAGAAAACCGUCGGGCAUUCACCUAUGGUGAAGGAAUUAAUGCGGAGAACAAGCCGCAAGAAAAAUGGCAACGCCACCGGAAAAUUGGCAUCCACCAAUUCUUUAAUUAGCAAGAGCUUUAGAAGUAGCAAGAAGAAAGGGGCUGCAAUAUUGAAGACCAUAAAAAGUUCAGUGAAAGGAUCGAAGGUAGAGAAAGAAAAGGAUGAUAACGUAGCAACUAAGACAACCACCACCACAAAUAACACUUCUUCAUCUUCCUCUAAGACAAGCGGAGAACAAAAAACCAGUGGCCAGCCAAAAACCAGUGGAGAACUAAAAACCAGCGGAGAACAACAGAAAACCAGUCGUGAGCUGCAGAAAACAACCGGAGAUCAACAGCAGAAAAUCACCGUAGAACAUGAGAAAACAGGCGGAGGACAGCAGAAACCUAACGGAGAACAGAAAACCGGGGGAGGACAGAAGAAGUGUACUUGUGUAGAACAGAAAGCGUCAACUGACAAGAAUUCCAAUUCAGAAUGGGUGAAAGCUAGAGCUCAUGGUAAACCCGUGAAGGAAUUCUCAGCAUUGCAUCUAUGUCAAGAAAUCCAGCUGGCUCAUGAUGGAUCGAUUUGGACGAUGAGAUUCAGUUCUGAUGGUCAAUAUCUAGCCACCGCUGGGGAAGAUAAAGUUAUCAAUAUUUGGGAAGUGCAAGAAUGCGAUGUUAUGUCAAUGCGAUUAGAAGACGUCGACAAGGGUUCAAUUACUCCUGAUAAUAGGCCACCAUUACCAGAUAGUUCACCCAUGCCCUCAGAUAAGAAAAAGAAAUCCAAGAACAGUAAAAAGAAAGGGGUUCCUGAUUACGCAAAGGUGCCCGAAACUAUGUUUGGGCUAUCAGAUAUACCCAUUUGUACGUUAGAAGGCCACAAAGAUGAUGUCUUGGAUCUAUCUUGGUCAAAAUCUCAGUUGUUGCUUUCAUCUUCCAUGGACAAAACUGUAAGACUUUGGGAUAUGGCAACCAAGAAGUGUCUGAAACAAUUUACCCAUAGCGAUUAUGUGACUUGCAUACACUUCAAUCCAACAGAUGACAAUUACUUCAUAAGUGGUUCAUUAGAUACAAAGGUUAGAAUGUGGAGCAUACCCAGUCGAAAAGUCGUAGAUUGGAGUGAUGUUCACGACAUGAUAACUGCUGUAUGCUAUUAUCCUGAUGGGCAGGGCGCCGUUGUUGGAUUACACAAUGGGGAUUGCAAGGCAUAUUGUACUGCUGAUUGCAAACUCGAGCAAAAGGAUCAAAUUGAGUUGCAUACCAAAGCAAAAGCCGACCCAAAGAAGAUAACCGGUUUUCAGUUUUCUCCAUCAAACCCAUCUGAAAAUAUUGGUUACAGAAAUACUAGUAGCCAGUUUUUAGCUCAAUAUAGUUCAGAUGGGAAGUACAUAAUUUGUGCUAGUGAAGACUCACAAGUAUUCAUUUGGAAGCAUGAAAAACCAAAAAGUAGUGGUGGUGCUAAAUCCAAAUACGUGACCACUACUUCUUAUGAACACUUCCCAUGUACAGAAGUUACUGUCGUAGUACCAUGGUCUGGAAGCAGCAAACUUCAAAGGUUAGACAAUGAACCACAAUCCACCCGACACUCCAAAAGAUCUGGUCCAGAUCCUCAAAAGUCAGAGGAUAACGUACAAGCUAAGAAAUCAUCACAGUUGCCACCAGUUCCUAAAAACAGUACAGAAAAAGGUUCAAAUUCCAAUGUAGACAACUCAGAACAACCUUCUCGUAAUGAGUCAAGUAUCGGGGUUAGCGAUUCCGGUGAUACGUCGUCGCGGUUAGAUGGUGGUAAUAACAGUACUGCACAGUCUACAGCGUGGGGGUUGGUGAUUGUGACUGCGGGAGUGGGUGGUGAGAUCAAGGUUUAUCAAAAUGUUGGGUUGCCGGUUAAGGUUGGAACAAAUUUGUUUUAA